CUAAACUAUUACCAUCAAGUGUCGGGGGAGAGGGGGAUGACGGCUCUGCUGCUGCUGCUGCUGCUGCCCUCAGUGCGGCGGAGGAGAGAAAGCAUCUUUGUCUGCACAGAGCAGCUCUGCUGGGCUUCCCUGCCUGUCUGCUUUCAUCUACACAGCAACAUCUAAAGAUAAGGGAGAUUCUUUCUGAAAACGGGGUUCGCGGAUUCAUCUGCCGCAUUCAUCUCUGCUGAAAUUUUCGGACUUUUCCUCCCCGUUUCCUUCUCUCUUCAUCUUUCUCUCUCUCUCUCUCUCUCUCUCUCUCCAUUGUGCUUUCCGGGUUUUUUUUUUUGUGUGUGUGUGUUUUUUUUUCUGUUGUCUUGCUGGAAUAAUCCAACCCUCCCUUCUGUAUCCAUGUGUCGGAUCGCUGGAUGAUGCACAGGAUAUUGGGAUGCUGAGCAGAGUGGAGGCUGUACCUAGGCUGCAUGCCUAGCUAACCCAUGGAGAACUGACAGGAGCAGUGCUGGAUGGAGGCCAAGUCACUGGAUGGCGAAGACGAGGAAGCACACAGUACUGUGGAUCGCUCGCAUUGUUUGUUCUCUUCCUCAGAUGAAAAGUAGAUGCGCCUCGAUUGUCAAGAGAUGGCAAAAACAGAUCAGGAUAGGCAGUCAGUGCUGAACAAACUGUGCUGCACAUAGGAGUUUGAGUCUUAUUUUUUUUUCCUUUCGCCUAUUUUAUGGUGACUUCAAAAAUAUUAUAGACGUUAUAUAACAUUCCCUGAUUAAAUUGGUGAACACACAGGCGCCAACAAUAGGAAGCAGAGAGAAACCAUCAUGGGCAGCUGUAAACGCAAGGUUUCCUGGUUUUUGUUUUUAGCGUGUUUAGUGUUAGCAGGAGUAGCCUUGGAAUACGAAGGGGUACCGGGUCAGUGGACUCACUAUGCUCAGUGGGACGCUAAGUCGACCGGCGAGCUGAGCUUUAUUCUGAAGACCAACAUCACCAAAGCCCUGGUCCUCUACCUGGAUGACGGCGGGAACUGCGACUUCUUGGAGCUCCUGAUCGCAGAGGGGAGGCUUCAGAUGCGAUUCACCAUCCACUGCGCAGAGCCGGCCUCCCUCCACACGGAGACGUACGUCAGUGACCAGCGUUGGCACAGAGUCCUCCUCACCCGCAACUACAGGGAGACCCGAUUAAUGCUGGACAACGAGGAGAAAGUGGCCGAGGUGAAGUCCAAGAGGAAAGAGAUGGUUGUGGCCAGCGACUUGUACGUCGGUGGGAUCUCACCCGAUGUGCGUCUCUCCGCUCUGACGUCGAGCACCGUCAAGUACGAGCCCCCGUUCCAGGGCUUUAUAACCAAUUUGAAAGUGGGAGAUGCUCUGCCUGUGCUGCUGGACGGUCAAGCCGUGCACACUGAUUUGGAGUACAUAUGUGAUGCAUACUCGCCCUGCAGCAACCAAGGCCUGUGCUCUGUCAGCCAAGGAGAGGUCCUCUGUGAAUGUAUCAAUACCAGCUAUAGAGGAAGGUACUGCCAAGAAGCUGUCCAGAGAGAAGUCGAAGGUCUGGCGCACCUGAUGUUAAACCGCCAAGUUUUACGCCAAGGGCAGCAAGAGUCGGUGGCCACCUUUAAAGGCAACGAGUUCUUCAGCUACAACCUGUCCACGACUCCCAUUCAGAGCAGUUUGGAUGAGAUCACGCUGUCCUUCCGGACCCUGCAAAGGAAUGGCCUGCUGCUCCACACCGGGAAGUCGGCCGAUUAUGUUAACCUGUCGCUGAGGAACGGAGCUGUGUGGCUGGUCAUCAACCUGGGCUCUGGGGCCUUUGAAGCGCUGGUGGAGCCUGCCAGUGGAAAGUUCAAUGACAAUGUCUGGCAUGAUGUGCGAGUGACACGCAACCUCCGCCAGGUGACGAUCUUAGUGGACGGGAUCCUCACCACCACCGGCUACACCCAGGAGGACUACACCAUGCUGGGCUCUGAUGAUCUCUUCUACAUCGGGGGGAGCCUGAACACAGCCGACCUGCCUGGCUCCCCGGUCAGCAACAACUUCAUGGGCUGUCUGAAGGAUGUGGUCUACAGGAAUAAUGAGUUCAGACUGGAACUGUCACGGCUGGCUGAGCAGCGGGACCCCAAGAUCAGUAUCCAUGGCGACCUGAUAUUCAGCUGUGAAAACGUGGAAGCUCUGGAGCCAGUCACCUUCGACACGCCGUCUGCCUACCUGACAUUGCCCAGGUGGAACACAAAGAAGACCGGCGCCAUAUCUUUCGACUUCCGCACCACAGAGCCCAGCGGCCUGCUGCUGUUCAGCCACGGCAGCCAGCAGGGAGAGCUGCCCGACAGGAAGCCCCGCGCAGACUUCUUCGCCAUAGAGCUGCUGGAGGGAUUUCUCUACCUGGCCAUGGACAUGGGCUCCGGCAGCAUUAAAAUUAAAGCCAGCAACAACAGGCUGGACGACGGCGAGUGGUGGCAUGUGGACUUCCAGAGAAAGGGGCGCAAUGGCUUCAUCUCGGUGAACAGCCAGAGCAUCCCCUUCACCGCCAACGAGGGCAGCGAGGUCCUUGACCUGGAUGGAGACAUGUAUCUGGGAGGUUUACCCGAAGAUCGACAAGCCCUCAUUCUGCCCCCAGAGGUGUGGACGGCCUCCCUCGGCCUUGGCUUCGUGGGCUGCGUGAGGGACCUGUUCAUCGAUGGACAGAGCCGCAACCUGUGGAGGCUGGCCGAGGUGCAGAGCUCCGUGGGUGUCAGCAGUUUCUGCACCAGGGAGACUCAUCUCAGGUGCUCCAGAGACACGUGCGCCAAUGGUGGACACUGCAGAGAGGGCUGGAACCGGCAUGUUUGCGACUGUGGCGGCACGGGCUACGUGGGCCCCAGCUGUGAGAAGGAGGCCACAGCAGUGAGCUAUGAUGGCAGCAUGUAUCUGAAGGUGGUGCUGCCGAGGACGCUGCACACAGAGGCCGAGGACGUGUCCCUGCGGUUCAUGUCCCAGAGGGCCUUUGGUUUGCUGAUGGCCACCACAUCUCAGCAGUCAGCGGACACCCUACGCGUGGAGCUGGACGGAGGCAGAGUCAAACUCACUGUCAACCUGGAUUGUAUCAGGAUAGACUGUAAUCUCAGCAAGGGACCAGAGACUCUUCUUGUAGGCGAGAAGCUGAAUGACAACGAGUGGCACACAGUGAAGGUGGCGCGACGUGGGAAGAACUUGCAGCUAUCUGUAGACAAUGUGACAAUGGAAGGCCACAUGACUGGUGCCCACACCCGCCUGGAGUUCAACAACAUCGAGACAGGAAUCAUGACAGAGCGCCGCUUCAUCUCAGUGAUGCCCUCCAAUUUCAUUGGCCACUUGCAAGCGCUCUCCUUCAACGGGAUGCUCUAUCUGGACCAGUGCAAGAAUGGAGACAUUUCCUUCUGCGAGCUUAAUGCUCGGUUUGGCAUGAGACACAUUGUGGCCAACCCCGUAACUUUCCUAACUCAAGCCAGCUAUUUGGCCUUUUCAACCUUGCAGGCCUACGCUUCCAUGCACCUCUUUUUCCAGUUUAAAACCACCAGUGCGGAUGGCCUGAUACUGUAUAACUCUGGAGACGGCAGUGACUUCAUCGUGGUGGAGCUUGUCAAAGGGUACAUUCAUUAUGUGUUUGACUUGGGAAAUGGACCGUCGCUAAUGAAGGGAAACUCUGACAAGCCUCUCAAUGAUAACCAAUGGCACAACGUGGUGAUCUCCCGUGACAACAACAAUGUACACGUACUCAAGAUUGAUUCCCGUACCGUUACCCAACACACCAACGGAGCCCGAAACCUGGACCUAAAAGGGGAGCUGUACAUCGGUGGUGUUGGAAAGAGCAUGUACAGCAGCCUUCCCAGGUUAAUAGCUUCUCGGGAAGGAUACAAGGGCUGUCUGGCUUCUGUGGACUUAAAUGGAAGGCUCCCUGAGCUGCUGGCGGAUGCCCUUCACAAGGUGGGAGAGGUGGAACGAGGCUGCGGAGGGCCCAGCACAACCUGCACAGAGGACUCCUGCCACCACCAAGGUGUGUGUCUGCAGCUGUGGGAGGGCUUCUCCUGCGACUGCACCAUGACCACCUACGGGGGACCUUUCUGCAGUGACCCUGGGACCACAUACAUCUUUGGCAAAGGAGGGGCCCUCAUCACAUUCACCUGGGCCCCCAACGAAAGGCCGAGCACCCGGGCCGACCGGUUAGCCGUGGGCUUCAGCACUCAACAGAAGGAGGCCAUUUUGGUGCGCGUGGAGAGCACCCAUGGGCUUGGAGACUAUCUCCAACUGCACAUUCAGGAUCAAGGGAAAGUGGGUGUCAUCUUUAAUGUGGGAACAGAUGACAUCACCAUUGACGAGCCUGCCGCCAUUGUAAAUGAUGGCAAGUACCAUGUUGUGCGCUUCACACGCAGUGGUGGCAAUGCCACUCUCCAGGUGGACAACCAUCCAGUCAUUGAGCGGUACCCACCAGGACACUAUGAUAAUGAACGACUGGCUAUUGCUAGACAAAGAAUCCCGUACAGACUUGGUCGGGUAGUUGACGAGUGGAUAAACGAUAAAGGGAGACAGCUGACCAUCUUUAACAGCCAGGCGGCCAUUAAAAUUGGUGGUUACGACAAGGGUCGGCCCUUCCAGGGUCAGAUUUCUGGGCUGUACUACAACGGCCUCCAGGUGCUGAAACUGGCUGCAGAAAACGACCCGAGCGUUCAGGUGGAAGGGAACCUGCGCCUGGUCGGAGACUCGCUCUCUGCGUUGACUACGGACACCACUUCUGUGACACCGCUGGCCGUGUCCGACAUGUCCACCACAAUUAUGGAAACCACAACCACCAUGGCUACCACCACCACCCGCCGCCAGCGAUCUCCCAGCUUGAGGGAGAGCAUCUCAAAGCCUCAGAGCUCUGACGAUAUUCUGGUGGCAUCGGCAGAGUGUCCGAGUGACGAUGAGGAUCUGGAAGAGUGUGAGCCUGGAACAGGUGGGUAGCUUAUGGGAAAACCAGAAAAACAUCGUGUUGGACUGCUCCUCGACUCCUGCGCAGGAUUGUUAACGCACAAAGUGUUCUGGUUUCAUUGUUGUUUUCCACAAGUUGAAUUUUUCUUCGUGUUUCCGCUCCUCUUUCCACCACUUGCUUGAACAGCUGUCGUCAUUUUGAUUGUCACUAAAGCCUCAUCUAAUUUUUACCCAUCGUAUACCCAUCUGCAAGUCACUCAGUCGGACUGAAUUAAUGAAAAUGAGUGUGGAAAAUUAAGAGCAUGCCAGAGUAAUUAAGAUAGGAUGACAGUAGAUCAGGUUUGUGACAGUUACAAGCUUUGAAACUCAAGAACGAGUCUGACCUUAUUAUGGGUGCCUCCAUUAUUAAUAUGACCUUAUCAGAAUUGUUUGUUGCUGGCUGGCUCUGCAACAUGUGACUCAAAUGAUAAUGAUGAAAGGGAAUGGAGUCACCAUAAAUAUCCGUACAACUCUGUAAAUAGAAACAUUAGAUAGAUAGAUA